AUGCCGAAGCGACUUUAUCUAGGGCUCAUGGAUUUCGGCAUUAGCAAUCCCAACCCGGGCCCGUACUUCGACGCCUUCGAAGAACCUCCGCCGCCCGUUAUAUCGAGCGAGGGCAUAGUGGUCACGGAUAUUACUGAGAAAUUCCGAGCCGCUGCUGCCACUUUGGAACCUGGUGAGCUCGUGAAAGAUGCCUAUUUCACUCUUUUCGAGUCCGUCGGGGCUCUCGAGGUGAUGGAUCCUAAAAUGGACAGCGGCUGUCUGGCUCCUGGGGAGUCUCUUGAUGACGAUUAUGACGUGACACGGCCACUUUUGCCUGCUGAGGUGAUCGGAAUCAUCGACCAGCUACUCUCACUAGAGAUCACUGGAAAGGAGGAGGAUUUCGUGACAAAUCCAUACAACCGGUCGCUACUAGAGUCCAUCGAUCGAUAUGAGAUUCGUGACGAGAUCAUGGAGGCUCGAAAAAUCAUCCACGACAUCAGCCAUACACUAACGGAUGAGUUGGCACAUGCGCUGGGCUUCCGCCUUGAGCUAAGGUCGGCUUUCCUACGGGCGAUCGAGCUGUCGGAGCUGCGCAGUGACCCAGAGUCGUUGAGCCUACCGUGGUCCCAGAUGCAGGGGGUCUGGGAGGUUGUCAACAAGACCCGCCACCUCGGGAAGCCUGUCCCGGAAGCAUUUAGCACGAAGAUACAACGACGGCUCGCUAGCACGAUGCCCCCGCGCCCCAUCGUGCAGCCGAGCGCAGAGGAGACGCACGAGCACUUCAAGAAGCUGAUAGCGGACGGUAUUAAUGUGCUCAACGUUCUCCACUACUCCGACUCGCAGAGUCUUCUGAACUUUGUGUUGACCUUCCAGGCUCAAAAGCCCCAGCCGAUGGUCUACAUCCGGGCCAUCCUCCAGAACUUCCUCUUCAACGACAUGGUGAUCCUCGGCCGCCUCAGCAUCCGCCAAGUACUCGACGACGAUCUUUCCAUCGUUGUUCUGCCGAGCAGUCUCCUCCUCGACCGGGACAACGACUCGGUCGAAGCGCCCCAUCACCCGCGCUACGCGAUAGCCCACCAGAUGGAACUCUUCCGCCAACGGGCAGCACAGUCCUACCUAGACAUUUUCCGCACCUUCUGCCAAAACCGCUGCCGCGUCCGCCGCACCCUCUUCCACUCCCUCCAGGACUGGGAGAUGGUCCAAGCCGACGCCGAAGAGAUCGACCAGCUACUCCAACUCCAAACCGAAGAGAAGCCCAUCACCUACCCGCCCCUCGGUGGCGUGCCCAGCCACUCCCUCCCGCUCUCUUCCUGGGCAUAUCACUACAAGCUCCGCCUCAUGGAAUGGACCGUCCAGCUCGGCUUCGAGCUCGAAAUCUACCAACCCGACGAGCUCCCUGGCAUGUACUGGUACCUCAGCCACCUGUCACACACGCGCGUCCUGCACCUCGAACGCAUCCGCUUCUUCACCGCCCAGCGCCUCGAACCCCCCGGCGCCGCGAGCAGCAGCAAGACCCGCCCGGCCGCGCCCAGCCCCGAACUGGCCCGCUCCAAAUCCUACCUCUACCUCGCGCACAUCGAAGCGGCCGCCACCUCCGAACUCGCCGACGCCCUCAGCCAGCUCUACACCGCGCUCCUCCGCCUCGGCCUCGUCGCCCCGCCCCCGCGCCCCUACAGCACCGACGCGCUGCGCUACGAGGUGCGCAUGAAACCGUUCGCGCCCAUCGGCCUGCCGGCGCUGCCGUCUUUCGAGGCAUUUACGCACGCCGUGCAGCGGCCGGAGGCGUCGACUGCCGCGCUGUUGGAUGGUGCGGCGCGCGCGGCGGGGCGGGCUCGCGCGACGUUGGAAGGGCUGGUCAAGAUGGGCGCGGCGGAGGUGUUUGCGGUGGGGUGUGUGGAGCGCUGGACGGCGGGGGUGAAGGAGUGGAAUAAGGCGGCGAUUGCGGUGGUGUUGGCGGUGGGGGUGGUGAAGAGGGUGGUGGAUGAGGUUGGGGAGACUGGGGCUGGGGUUGGGGUUGGGGAGCGGUUGGGCGUGCAGGUGCCGCGGCCGGAGGAGGGAUAUCACGAGUGGUGGGUUGUGCCGAAGGUGGUGGAAAAAUAG